AACAAAGCCAGUGCCUUCUGGUCAAUCUGGACAGAUUCCAAGCCCAAGCCAAGCAAAAGCACACAGAAAAUUUCUGUGCGGACUGCUGCAGACUUGUGAUUGGUGGAAUAGUGUCACGUGAUCGAAAGUGUCAAUGCUCUUCGAUAAGGGUGUCAAGACCCUAUCAUUUCGAAAUAGCGAGAUGCAAAAAGCGACUUACUACGACAACUCCGGAAUAUUCGCCGGUUACUCCUACCAAAAGACUAAUGCAUACAGCUACAGUUCUAGCCACCAGGCCUACCCGCCAACUUCCGUUGAAAAUGAUUAUCAAAGCUCGACGUGCCCCAUUCAGACAUCUAGUGUCAGAGUCCCAAACCAUAAACCCACCGAUAUUAAUGGCAACUGUAUGAGAACAAGCGGCAGCCAGGGCACUGCCCAGCCCCCAAGCAUGAAUGAGCCACAGCAGCCACCUCCUUUACCACCCUCACCCAAUGCAAGCAACACCUCAACACAGAAAAGAACCAAGUCUUUGUCAAAUUCUUCCACUAGCCCAGCUGCUACUCUCACGAAGCAAAUCUUUCCAUGGAUGAAAGAAUCUCGUCAAAAUGCCAAGCAGAAAAACAACUGCACAGUUGCAGGUGACAAUUGUGAGGAUAAAAGUCCACCAGGUCCAUCUUCCAAGAGAGUCCGUACUGCCUACACCAGCGCACAACUCGUGGAACUGGAAAAGGAAUUCCAUUUUAAUCGUUACUUGUGCCGUCCUCGGAGAGUUGAAAUGGCAAAUUUAUUAAACCUGACUGAACGCCAGAUUAAAAUCUGGUUCCAGAACAGAAGAAUGAAAUAUAAAAAAGACCAAAAAUCCAAAGGGAUCAUGCAUUCUCCUGUUGGACAGUCUCCAGAGAGAAGUCCGCUUUUGAACGCGCAAAAUAAUAUUGGAUUCUCAAGUCAGCUCCCUACUGUCAACAGUCUGAGUUACGAAGCUCCUUCGCCAACAUCAUUCACCAAAUCCCAACAAAAUAUGUAUGGUUUGGCUGCAUACACUGCGCCACAUAGUAGCUGCCUACCCCAGCAAAAAAGGUACCCAGGCACAGAGUACGAUCAUCACACUCUGCAGGGCAAUGGUAGUUUUACCAAUCAUAACUUGCAGGGCAGCCCUGUAUAUGUUGGAGGGAACUUUGUUGAUUCAAUGCCAGCUUCUGGUCCCAUGUUCAACCUUAGCCAUCUUCCUCAUCCUUCAUCAGCUACUGUGGACUAUAGCUGCGCUGCUCAAAUACCAGGCAAUCAUCAUCAUGGACCUUGUGAUCCCCAUCCUACAUACACAGAUCUGACUCCUCAUCACACAUCUCAGGGAAGAAUUCAAGAAGCGCCCAAACUAACACAUCUGUAAUGGGCUAGAACGGUUUGCCAAGCGAUGUCACUUCGCUUUUUUAUUACCUCAUUUGUAUCAAAUAUUCUCCUGCUAUCAGACUGCCACAGUAUUUGUCCACCAUUCACUUUCUACCUGUUACAUUGCUUUCCUGUAUUCAUUUAAGGGUCUACACGUCGACCAUGCCUUUCGUUAAG